AUGUCCAAGACUGGGGAAAUUCCCAAUGACCGUGCUAUCCCUGGGGAUGAGAAAAAACCCGGGAACCAUACCGGGUUCUCGGGGUUCAUGGACGACUUGAAAGAAAAGCUUAGCGACACCAAGCUUCAUGACGCCAAAGUCGCCUUGAUUCACAAAAAACAUCAGAUUGGUAAAUUUGGAAACUUGUUUAACAAAGACCACCGUCACGAUGAAGAACACGAACAGCGAUGCGACGAGAAGCGCUCUGCCAUAUGUCAAUCGCAUCGUUUCAAUUCCUACUUUCCUGAAAGGGACGGCAACCUUGUCAAGUGGUACGUCGAUGGCCGCGACUACUUCUGGGCUGUUUCCGUGGCCCUGGAGCAGGCUCGGGAAUCCAUCUAUAUUUGCGGCUGGUGGCUAUCUCCCGAACUGUUUCUGCGACGACCGCCGUACCAUAAACAGGACUAUCGCCUGGACCAGGUCCUCAAAAGAAGAGCAGAGGCUGGAGUAAAAAUUUACGUGUCUGUUUACAAGGAGGUCGAAGCCGCCUUGACCUGCAACUCUCGCCACACCAAGCAUGCUCUUGAUGCGCUUUGCCCAGAGGGCACGCCUGGUCACGGCAACAUUCGGGUCAUGAGGCAUCCCGAUCACAACGUCUUCGAAAACGCUGCUGACAUGACCAUGUAUUGGGCUCAUCACGAAAAGUUCAUCGUCAUUGACUACGCCAUUGCCUUUAUUGGAGGGCUAGACUUGUGCUUUGGCCGUUGGGACGCCCAUCAGCAUCCUCUUUCCGAUGUGCACCCCGAAGGCGUUUCCGAAGAAAUAUGGCCGGGCCAAGAUUUCAACAAUAACCGCAUCAUGGACUUUAAAAAGGUACAAGACUGGGAGGAGAAUGAACUGAGCAAGGCCGAGUACGGUCGAAUGCCGUGGCAUGAUGUCUCCAUGGCUGUCGUUGGACCCUGCGUCUACGACAUGGCCGAGCACUUCAUUCUUCGCUGGAACUUUAUCAAAAGAGACAAGUACAAGCGGGAUGAAAGAUAUGAUUGGAUUAUGCUCGAAGGGCGCGAGGGUGACGACGAGGACCUGGUGGGCGUCCAGAGGCCCAAGCAUCCCGUUGGCGACUACAUUAAGCAUCCUCUGUCGCCGCUCAGCACCAAGAGCUUGGACGGCAGGGGCACUGUUCGUGCGCAACUCGUACGAUCUAGCGCUGACUGGUCCAGCGGCAUCCUCAAGGAUCACUCUAUACAGAAUGCCUACAUCGACGUCAUUCGCAAAGCCGAGCAUUACGUCUACAUCGAAAACCAAUUCUUCAUCACCGCUACUGGCGACCAGCAAUACCCGAUCCACAACACGAUCGGGCGAGCCAUGGUGGAAGCAGUCGUCCGAGCAGCCAAGGAGGGCCGCAAGUUCCGCAUCAUCAUCAUCAUCCCCGCCAUUCCAGGAUUCGCCGGCGACUUGCGCGAGAAUGCGGCCUCCGGAACCAGAGCCAUCAUGGACUACCAGUACAAGUCGAUCUGUCGAGGAGAACACUCCAUCUUUGGGCAAAUCAAGAAGGAGGGUGUCGACCCCACCCAACACAUCUUCUUCUUCAACUUGCGAUCUUACGACCGUCUGAACAAGACGCAUGCCAUUUGCGAAGCUGAGAAGAAGACGGGUAUCAGCUACCAGCAAGUUCAACGGGCCGAAGCCGAGGAAAUCAUGGCUAGCGGGGUACACGGCUAUGACAGCAGCAGCUCUGGGGAGCAAGAUGGCGGCAGAUUCUCCGAACUACGCUUAAGGCGGAAGGAGCACCGCAAGGCGGAAAGGGAGAGGCGCCAAUCCAACAUGAGGAGCUCUCAAAAAAAGGCAGCAGAGGAUGCCAUGCGUGCCAGAGAGACCUUUGAGCGAGAGAAGCCAGAAGAGGAAGUCAUCUCAGCGGCAAGUGUUGCCCAUCAUGCCAUGAAGGCGGAAGGCUCGCUGAAGGAUGAGCCGUGGGAUAAUCGUCAAGACGAAGAGUCGGAGAUUAAAAACUGGAUUCAGGAGGAGCUAUACGUUCACUCGAAGCUCCUUAUUGCCGACGACCGCAUCGUCAUUUGCGGAUCCAGCAACCUGAAUGACCGAAGCCAGCUCGGUGACCACGAUAGCGAGCUUAGCAUCGUCAUGGAAGAUGGUCGCAGGAUUCAAACUACUAUGGACGGCAAACCAUUCGAAGCAGGUUAUCAUGCGGCCACCUUGCGUCGUUAUCUUUGGCGAGAGCAUCUUGGCUUGCUGCCCCCGCAAGCCUUUGACGCCCAAGACGACAUCAAUGCCCAGCCUCCCACCGUCAAGGCGGAAAACGACGUUUACGACAGGGAUGAUUCGUGGGAAUUUGUUUCCGACCCAUUGUCGGACCAGCUUUGGGACAAGUGGAUGGGACAGGCAGAGAAGAACACAAAGCUCUUCCGCAAUGUUUUCCAUGCCGAUCCUGAUGAUCACAUCAAGAACUUCAACGACUACGAUCGUUAUCUACCACCCAGGGGUGUCAAAGCCGGCCACAUUUACGACCAAUUCAUGCCCCCCGAUGAAGCGCGCGAGAAGCUAUCCCAAAUCAAGGGUCAUUUAGUUUGCAUGCCCAUGUCAUUUUUGGAAGGGGCCGAGAUGGCCGAAAGGGGUUUGCAAGUGAAUUCCUUUACCGAGAGCGUGUACACCUAG